AUGAUUGAGACAGAUCCAAAAUCAACACUAGAGGAUGAAGUUGACCUGACAGGGUCCCUCACUGACGCUCGCUUAGCAGAGGCUCCCAGCUGUGAGGAGCCAGAGGAGAACCAAGAGAUGGAGAAGGAUGGUGUAUUAACUGCUGAGGUGGCGUCCAGCCGUGUAUCUCACCUUGGACGUUUUGGCACCGGACUGCAGUACUUCUACCACCACCUGUCUCUGCCUAGUCACAAUCUCAGGGAUGUCUCUGUUCUAUGCAGUUAUAUCCAUCUUCAAAAACUGGAAGUGCCACACAACAAAAUUAAAGAUUUAUCCUGUGUGAGUCACAUGCCCUACCUCGCCAUCCUGGACGCUUCUCACAAUGAAAUCUCUGACUUCUUUGGAUUCCAGCCACCCAAGAACCUAAAGGAGGUCAAUUUCUCCCACAACUGUAUGACAAAAAUGAAGGAUUUGUCUGCCUACACAACUCUUAGUAAACUGGAUCUGGACUACAACAGCUUCACUGAGAUCAGUGGUCUUGAGCGCUGCUGCGAGCUAACCCACCUCAGCUUGACAAACAACAAGAUCUCGAAGAUCAGCGGCCUGGACAACCUGCCUCUCACAGACCUCUGCCUUGGGGGGAACCAGAUGGAGAGGAUUGAAGGGUUGGAGAAUACUAAGAGUCUGCAGGUUCUCGACUUGUCCCUGAACCGCAUUACCAGUCUGUCUGGCCUCCAGAACCUCCACCUACUGGGCUCUAUCAACCUAGAGAAAAACCUGAUAAGUGAAAUUCAAGAGUGCAAACACGUUCAUGAUCUUUUCUUAUUGAGGAACCUCAAUCUGCUGGGAAACCCUGUGCAGGAGCAGCCAGAUUACAGGCUGUCAGUCAUCUUCCUCCUUCAACAUCUGGCAGUGCUUGACCAGGAGAAAGUCACAGCUGAGGAGAAGGUCUCGUCAGUAAACAAGUAUGACCCUCCUUUGGAUGUGGUGGCAGCCAGGGAUCACAUGACCAACCUGGUGUAUCAGCUGAUGCAGCCCCAGGUCCUUUAUGAUAGCACUCUGCCCAGUGCGGACUCUCCGUAUCCUAUGCUGGUGCUGACGGGUCCUCAAGGCUGUGGGAAAAGAGAGCUGGCCCACAGACUGUGCCAAGAGUUCAGCGAAUAUUUUGCCUAUGGAACCUGUCAUACCACAAGGGGGCCCUACCUUGGAGAGGUGAAUGGAAGUGAUUAUCAUUUUGUCAGUGAAGAAGACUUUCAGACCAUCGUUCACAUGGGUAAGUUUAUUCAGACCAUGAAGUACGGGGGUCACAGCUAUGGUCUGACCAGAGAUUCCAUAGAGGAUGUGGCCAGGGAAGGACUUGCCUGCUGUGUGCAUAUGGAGCUAGAGGGUGUCUUGAGUCUGAAGUACAGCCACUUUGAGCCUCGAUACAUCUUGCUCAUCCCCACCCAACUGGAGAAGUACAUGGGCCACCUGAAAAGCCGUGGCCUCUAUACCCCUUCACAGAUAGACAUGGCGGUGUCACGUAUAGACCUCUAUGCCAACUUCAACAGGCAACGGCCGGGCUUCUUUGAUAAUGUUAUCCCCUGUGAUGACUGGGAAGAAGCCUACCAGAUGCUGGGGCAGGUAGUGAAGGAUUACCUGUUGCUCGACGAGCAGGGAGAAGGAGAGAACAACAACAGAGCGUCUCCAGACAACACAUCCACAGUCUCAGGUCACGGGCCAGAGGAGAAGCCGCCCUCAGACCUGUCAAGGUCAGUAUCAGGCACUAUGUCACACUCCGCCACACCUCUGGACCCCUCGGAUCCCGCCUACAGAAACUAUUCCACCAAGAUCCAGGCACAGCUCAGCCCUCAGAAGAGCCCCGCUGAGCUGGCUUCCAUCAGGAGGCGCGAGCAGCUGGUGAGAGAGGCCAUAGUGGGGAGGAGUCCAGGGGUCUACAGCCAGCUCUUCAAAAGCUCUGCUCAAACAGCACCAUCAUCACUACAGAAUCAUGAUCCUGAUACCCAUUUUAGUGAAGACAGUAGCUCAGAUGGGUCUCGUGCGAGUUCAGUGUUGUCUGUGCCCAGUUCAGCCGGGGCGUUGUCUGUCCUGGGACACACCUUGGAAACACACAAAGACCACAUGACAUCUGACCAAACUCCUGAUGAUGCCAGUCCAGGCACAGAUCACCUGGCUACUGUCAUUACUCCCUCUUCUGAAAGAAGGCCCGGAUCCAACAUCAAGCCCAUCUUGCCACCAAUCCCCACUGGGCGCAAGACCCCUGCAGCACUCAGCCCGUCUCCCUCGCCCAGCCCUAACCCAGCAGUAAGAGAGCAAGGAGAGGCAAACAAGGAGGGGUAG